CUUGUUCUCAUCAUCUUAACAUUUGAAUAUUCACUUAUUUAAUAAAUAAACCAAUCACAUUUACAUGGUGCAAUAUCAUUGGAUCGAAUUUUUUUUUGGUAAACUUUCAGGUCGCUGAUAUAUAUAUAUAUAAGUAGAUAGAUAUUGUGGUAUACAAUCCGAUUACAAUUUAUCAUUAUUACUAUUAUUAUGAGCUUAAUAAACACAUACAUAAUCUACCUUAUAUGUUUUAUUUUAUUAUUAAUUAAAAAGAAUAAUACAUCUGAAUAUGAUUCUAAUAAAGAGUAUAUUGAUGAAGAAGCAUUGAAUCGAUUCAUAAACGAUGCUGAUGAUGACGAUGAUCAUCAUGUUCAUCAUAAUCAUCGUCAUCAUCAACAAGUUCGUCACCAUCGACGAGAUAUUCAUAAAAAUGUCGGACGAAAAACUCAAUUGAAAUUGUUUCCAUGGCGUAUACAUUUUAAUCGACCAAAAACUCAAGAAAUGUAUGUAUUCAAUAUAGAACGUUAUAGUAAUUGGUCAGAUUGGAAAGAAUGUUUACCAAUGGAAUGUAUUGAAAUACGUUAUCGUAAAUGUUUAGAUAAUUCAUGGAAAACAAUAUCACCAAAUCUUAUUCAUACAACUAGAUGUAUAUCAAAAUAUUAUACAGAGAAACGUACAUGUUUAAAUAAGACUCAAUGUAAUGAACAUACUGGUGAACAAAUUAUCAAAAAUCUAACUAAUACAUGUGGAAUACGUAAACAAGAUAAUAAAAUAAUAGAAAAAAUUCUUGGCGGAAAAUCAGCUGAACCACAUUCAUGGCCAUGGGCUGUUCGUUUAUCUGUGAAGUUACCACAUCGAAGACCAGUUACAUUCUGUGGUGGGACAUUGAUUGCACCACAAUGGAUAUUAACUGCAGCUCAUUGUGUUUUAGUGGAAAAUAAACAUAUUCCAGUUGGAAAACCGGUUAUGUUAGCUGAUCAUAUGAAAAGUACAAUCUAUGCACAUUUAGGUGAUCAUGAUCGAUAUAAACAAGAAGCUGGACAAGUUGAUCAUCGUGUUACUGUUGCUAUACUUCAUCCAAAUUAUCAUAGAAAAUUACAAACUGAUGGAUACGAUAUUGCAUUGUUACGUCUCUCAGAACCAGUUAAAACAACACCAGAAAUUGAUUUUGCAUGUUUACCAACAAAAGAUUUAAAAUUAACACCAAAUUCCAAAUGUUAUGCUGUUGGUUGGGGUAGUAAUAAAGGUGCAAAAAUACCAACAUUUGAUAAUAUACAUAGUAUAUUAGAAUCAUUAUUUUUACCAUUUCCAUCAUUAUUUACAACACCAUUUACAUUCGAUAGAAGAGAAUCAACAAUAUGGAAUAUUAAAAAAUUAGAAGAAGAAGAAUCAUCAAGAGAAUUACAUGAAGUUGAAUUACCAAUUGUUUCUAUAGAAGAUUGUCGUAAACAUUAUGCUGAUAUUAGUUCUAAAGUUCAUGUAUGUGCUGGUGCUAGAAAUAAAGAUACAUGUGCAGGUGAUAGUGGCGGGGGUCUUUAUUGUUAUUUAGAAGAGACUAAUCGUUGGCAUGUUGUUGGUGUGACAAGUUUUGGUUUAGCACGUGGUUGUGGUUUAAAUCCUGGUGUUUAUACAUCAACAAAAUCACAUAUGGAUUGGUUAUCAAAACAAUUAGCAACAAAGAUAUUUUAAAUAAAAUCAGAAAAAAGAAAGAAAAAAAAAGGAGAAAAAAGAAAAAAAUCAAUAAGAAAAAAACAUACUAUUGAUGAUAAUAAUAAUAAUCUCUAUCAGUUACUUUAUUAAGAUUUCUUCUAACGAAAAAUCGAUAUGAAUAUGAUCAAUUGAAUAUUGAAUAUAUUUUUUAUUGAUUUUAUUAUUUAUGUAAAUUUAUUAGAUAAAUUAGUAAUUAAAAUAUACCCCCCA